CGCCGCCGCUGCUGUGCACACCGCACACAGCAGGACGGCAAUCUACACAGUCGUCCUAACUGCCGUCAGAAGCAUGGCUGGCAGAAGUAGCGGGUGCCCGGUGCAGCACGCGCCGAAAGAAUCCUCGCCGACGCCAGCAGCAACAGCAGCGGCCGGAAAUGAGUCGACUGCUUCGACGGAGUCAGAGCAAGCAAGCGGACGGCGCUGGUCAUCAAGGGUUGCCGCCUGGCUUCCCUUCCGCCAGGGCGGCGGUGGUGGCAGUGACAGCAGCGCUUCCAAGGGUAGCGGUGGAGCUGCAGCACCAGCACCAGCACCCGUUCAAGGCAGCGCGGCUUGGCGCGGGACGAAGGAGGAACACGGCGGCGGCGGCGGUGGGGGGUGUCCGGUGAACAGCUCUGGGGAGGACGGAGGAGACGACGCCGUCCCGCCGUCGUCUUCGUCCGGCUGUCCCGUCGAGCAUGGCUCGGCAGCAACGUCAACAGCAGCCCCGGCAGAAGGGUUGGGCAGAGUGUGGGGAUACCUGACCGGGAGCAUCGGUGGGGCGGGAGGUAGUGGCGAAGUUUCUUCGGCCACGGCACCAGCGCCGGCAGCACCGGAGUUGUACAAUGCGCGGAAUAACGAGUACGUCUACGGGCAGGAGGUGGCCGCGGGGCAGGAGGUUCCCCUGUCCACGUCGCGGCAACGCUCCUCGAUUCCGAAGGCAGAGUUCAACCCGGACCAUCAGCCCCAGAAGGAGGCCGAGAAGUGGGUCUACCCGUCGGAGCAGCAGUACUACAACGCCAUCAAGAGGAAGGGGUACAAGGCCUCGGCGGCAGACAUGCCGUCCACCCUGGCUAUCCACAACGCCGUGAACGAAAAGGGGUGGGAGAUGGUUCAGGAGUGGGAGAGGGCUCGCGCCGAGGCCGCCGCAGCUGCGAAGCCCGCCGCCGAGGGAGGGGGGGGCGACGGCGACGGUGUCCCAGCAGCCCCCAAGUUGCUCCGCUUCACGGGGAGGCCGCAGGAUACAUCGCCGAAGGCUUGGGUCAAGUCGACCCUUCUCGGCUACCGUCCCCCGUUCGACAGACACGAUUGGGUGGUGAAGAGGGCAGACGGCACCGAGGCACGGUACGUGAUCGACUUCUACGCGGGAAAGGCUCCCCCCGGCUCCAGCAUGCCGGUAGCGAUGCACUUGGACGUGCGGCCCGCUCUCGAUUCCUACGAUGCGGUCGUGGACCGGACGCGGAUGUUCUACAGCAGGGAGGUCCGCCCCUACCUUGCCGGGGUGCUGAACGCCUUCAAGAACGACCCAGGGCCGCCGCCGUCGGAUCACGAUGCGCCGCCGCCGCCGCCCUCCGUGGCGCGGUGACACGGCGUGGGACUGCUGUGCUUGAUGCUGCUUCUGCUUCUGCUGCUGCUGCUGCUGCCGCUGUCAACAGCUCGGGGGUACUCCAGCUCUUGUUUGCCUGAGAGCGUUGUUGCUGUUGUUGCCGCUGCCAUGAAAUUGUUUUCCUGGGGGGGGAGGGUGCCGUGUACAUGGAACAUAUACUAUUUUUUGUGGGCGAACAUUGCCCCGGAUAGCUGUUACUUGUGUCACUCAAUCCCUGGAUGUAUGGCGGGGCAAAACAAGCACAUUAAGUUGACGGUUGGACCCGUGCGUCUAUCUCCUUCUGCCGCCACGCGUGUGUUGUGUUGAAGCAGCUAGCUAUUUACGCCAAGCAUGAGACCACGCCCCGCGAACCGAUCUCACGACCACCACCGUGCGGAAGGGGGCGCAACAAUUGAAAUUUGGCGAUU